UACGCGCUAGGAAGUACUCGUAAAAUUCAGUGAUUCGAUAAAAUUCGAAAUUUUUUCUUGGAUUCCCACUCUAAGGAUAAAAAUUCUAAAAUGAAAAGUGGUAUUCUUCUUGGAUUAGCGAUACUUUUGGUUGCUCAGAGUUUCGAGAAUGCCGAGGCUAAAAUGACGAUACCGCAAGUAACGAACAUGCUGAUGCCGAUGAGGAAGACCUGCAUACAAAAAACCGGCGCGAGUGCAGACUUGGUUGACGCGCCGAAGACUGGCCCAAUGCCGGACGAUCCCUCCCUGAAGUGCUACUACUCAUGCCUGCUGAAAAUGGUCAAAGUCGUAACGAAAGAAGGUCUACCCAAUUAUGAGAAUAUGGUGAAGCAAAUGGACAUGAUGCUGCCGGCUGAUGACUUAACGGCACGAUUGAAGGACGUCAUCAACUUGUGCGCUCCUAAAGUGACGAGUACUGAGCCUUGUGAAGCGAAUUGGCAGUUCAUCAAGUGUUUUUAUGAGACGGAUAAAAAUGUUUGCUUUUUCCCAUGAAGAGCCGGGGGUUUGCUGGAAGUCUCUUCGCAAUCGAUCCAUGCAACAGCAGGGCGCAAUAUCAACGCAAUUCCAAAUUAUCCUGACUACGAUGAAUAAAAAAAAAGAAACAAUUUUUUACGUACAUACAAAUUAAAGCAAUUGUAAUCAUAAGCAUCAAUAGUAUUUUUUUAAUGGUUCAAUUGAUUUUUGGAUAAUGAAGAAUUUCAAAAUUGAACUUUUAAAACGAGAAUGUUGAUAAAUUGAUGAUUUUGGGUGCGAAGUUAUAAAAAAUAAAUUGUAAUACUGCAAUAAAGUGUUGUGAACACAUUAAAAAAU